CAACCCGUGACGCAAACCCCUUCACCACCACCAGCUUCAACACACACUCUCACACUAUGUUCAUGAAUCCAAUUUCUACUUCUCUUUUUCUGUUUCCGUGUUGAUCUUAUUACCUCGCUUAAAAGAGGUAUCCCGAAGCUGUAUCGCCUCGGCCAUACCCAUUUCAAUAUUUGCAUAAUUUCGCCAUUCAAUCGCUAGCCCGUUUAGAACCUGCAAUUCCCGAAAAACCUAUUUGGGGUUUUCUUUACUUUAUUGCUUUAGUGAUUCAUUUUUUGGGAUUUUGUACUGCAUUUGAUUGAUUCUGUUUGUUUCUUGAGAUAUAAUAAUUUGAUCCAACACCAAGGAUUCUUUCAGCAGCUAUUUGGUUUCUCAUCGUUAGUGCUGUUUCCUUGUGGUUUUCUGAGAUGGGAAUGGGGUAUUCUGGUGAAAUAUUGAUAAAAGCAUCGAUUUUGACUGGUGGGUAUGCAUGAACAAUUGGCGCUUCUCUAGAACAUGCUCUCUCUGCGCUUGGUCCGCAGAUUCGGCACCGCACCCCAUAUUCUUGCCACCACCGCCAUUGCUUCAUCCGUUGAGAAAGCUAGUUCUGUUAGGAGCAAUGUGGCAAAACCUAGUGGAGUAGAUGAGCCUGCACUGAUUAAGCUAAAGAACGAAAGGGACCCAGAAAAGUUGUUCAAUUUGUUUAAGGCCAAUGCCCACAAUAGGGUGGUUGUUGAGAAUCGGUUUGCCUUUGAGGAUACGGUUUCUAGGUUAGCUGGGGCUGGUCGGUUUGAUUAUAUCGAGAAUCUGCUGGAGCAUCAGAAGACUCUGCCCCAAGGUCGACGAGAAGGGUUUGUAGUUCGGCUGAUAAUGUUGUAUGGGAGGGCUGGAAUGACUAAGCAUGCUGUUAACACAUUUUGUGAUAUGCAUUUGUAUGGCUGUAAGAGAACUGUUAAAUCAUUCAAUGCGGCACUGAAGGUAUUGACACAGUCCCGAGAUUUAGAGGCGAUUGAGUCAUUUCUGAGUGAUAUUCCGUUUAGAUUUGGCAUUGAGCUAGAUGUAUAUUCAAUUAAUAUUGUUAUCAAGGCUUUCUGUGAAAUGGGUAUUUUGGAAAAGGCAUAUUUAGUCAUGGUUGAGAUGGAAAAAUUGGGAAUAACUCCAGAUGUUAUUACAUACACAACCCUUAUAGCAGCCUUUUACAAGGCGAACCGGCCUGAGAUUGCUAAUGGAUUGUGGAACCUGAUGGUAUUAAAAGGCUGUCUUCCUAAUGUUGCUACCUUCAAUGUCAGGAUUCAGUUCUUGGUGAGUAAGGGGCGUGCCUGGGAAGCUAAUAAGUUGUUGGCUUUCAUGCGUCGUCAUAAGAAAUUUCCAGAACUUCCUGAUGAGGUUACAUAUAAUUUGGUUAUCAAGGGCUUCUGCAGAGCAGGAUUUUCUGAAAUGGCUAUGAGAGUUUAUUCUGCUUUCCACAAUGAGGGCUACAAGCCAAAUCAAAAAAUUUAUCAAACCAUGAUCCACUAUCUUUGUGAAGCAGGAGAUUUUGACUUGGCAUACUCCAUGUGUAAAGAUAGUAUGCAGAAGAACUGGUUUCCUAGUGUGCAUACCAUCUAUAAUUUGCUUGAAGGCCUGCGGAAAGAUGGAAAACUUGACAAGCUUGAUAAGGCUAAAUAUAUCUAUGGUCUAGUUGUGACAAGGAUACCUCCUUUUCCUGCUGCUCAAAUUGAAACCAUGAAAUCCAUUUUAUCAAGAAAUUGAACUAAUUUAUUGGACUGUGACGUGCAAUACAUCAAUUGCUCUAUCAUCUCAACUGAGCUAAUUUAUUAGUUAUCGGCAAAAGUUAAUUGGAGGCACGCCUUUACGAAGUUCCAGGUAAGAGUCUCCAGGAAAUGUGAAUUUCUUGACCACCCAAAUGAAGUUCGCAGUGAUACGAGGGCACUAAGAGGACGGCGGUCCCUAAGUUCAUAUGUGUGACGAUGAAUCAAAUGCACAGAUAAAAUCACUCCUGUUGGAUGCCACGGAAGCCCUGCACUUGGCAGCAGGACCAUUUUUUAUGACCAAGAAAGUGAAAGUUUACUUCUCAGGCUGGCGCGAGCUGUCAAGGUAAGGAGGAGAGAGAGAGAAAGAGAGAGAUGGAGUUGAGUAUAUAUGCACAAAUUGAAGAGGAAAACUUUUUAAGUCCACUUUAAUGGAUUUCCCUGUUAGUAUGGGAGGAGAGAAAGUUUUGACCUCUUUUUCCUUCUAUGAUCUUUAUCUGUAUUCUACAUUCCUUGGUAUAAAGGAGUGUGAAUCUCAACCUCAUUUCUGAACAAAUAGUGAGCAUUUCUGUAUAUGUUGAGAACAACAGAAUCUCAAUAUGUGGAAGGGAUUAAAUAUGAAGAUAUUCUGAAAGAACA